AUGCCGUUUUCAUUUAAAAAGAAAAAUAAGCGACGUGAAAUCCCUAAAGAUAUUAUUUUGCGCGCAUUGGAAGAAGUUUCCAAAGGUGCUAAAAUUAAAAGUACUGCGAAUAAAUAUGACAUACCAAGAUCUAACCUUCAAAGGUAUAUCAAGCAGGGUGGUGUCGUAAAAGAUAAUUCUUGUAAAUUUAUAUCGUCUCAAAUAUUCACAAAAGAUGAAGAAGAGAAAAUUUCGGAAUAUCUUGUAACAUCUUUUAAACUAAACCAUGGGCUAUCAAAACUGAAAACAUGCGAAUUGGUUUAUGAAUACGCCACUGCCAUUAAAAAGAAAAUACCAGAUAACUGGACAGAGAAGAAACUUGCAUCCAAAGACUGGAUAAGGGGAUUUUUUAAAAGACAGCCUCAACUUUCGAUAAGGACACCAGAGGCUACCAGUCUGUCACGGGCCACAAGCUUCAAUAAGACAAAUGUCGGAAAUUUUUUUGAAAAUCUUAAAACUGUGUAUGAACGGCAUCGCUUCGGCCCUGAGUCUAUUUACAAUAUAGACGAAAUUAGAUUAUCAACGGUGCAACGAACCCAGAAAGUGAUUGCUCUCAGAGGCACUAAGCAAAUUGGGCAAGUAACGUCAGCUGAAAGAGGGACGCUUGUAACGGUUUGCUGCGGUAUUAAUGCAUUGGGUAACUCAAUACCACCAUUUUUCAUAUUCCCACGGGUUAAUUUCAAAACAUAUAUGCUAAAUGAUGCCCCUGUUGGUUCAGAUGGAGCAGCACAUCCUUCAGGGUGGAUGACAUCACCAAAUUUUUUAAAAUAUAUUCACCAUUUCGCCAAACACGCAAAACCAACGCCUUCAUCGCCAGUUCGUUUGCUGCUGGACAAUCAUGAGAGCUAUAUUUCAGUACCAGUUCUCGAUUUUUGCAAACAAUCAGGCAUUAUUUUAAUGACUUUCCCACCACACUGCAGCCAUAAACUGCAACCUCUAGACCUGACUGUCUAUGGACCACUGAAAACUUAUUAUAACACUGCUGUAACAGAUUGGAUGGUAAGCAAUCCGGCCAAAACAGUAACAAUUUAUGAAAUACCAAAAUUAGCAGCAAAAGCCAUUCCACUAGCAUUCAAGUUGCAGAAUAUUCAAAGUGGAUUUGAAAAAUCUGGCAUAUGGCCAUUGAAUUCAAAUAUUUUCUCCGAUGAAGAUUUCGCUUGUUCUUUUAUAACUGAUCGCUGCUUGUCGGAAGAGGGUAAUGUUCCUUCAGAACAAUCUAUUUCAGACCAACCUGUCACUGAACAGCCUUCAACAGGGGAAAAUCAGAGUCUAGAGGAUCGUACAAGUUCAAAUGUGGAAGUCAUUGGGCCAUCUCAACUGGAAUCUCCCUCUACAAGUCAAAUUAGUGGCACUGUCAAUGUAACACCUGAUGUAGUAAGACCGUAUCCGAAGGCCGGCCCCAGGAAAUUGCAGGGUAUGAAACGGAAGAAGGGAAAAACUAGAAUAUUGACGGACACGCCCGAGAAAAGACUUAUAGAAAUGGAAGAAGAAGAAAGACAAAGAAAAAAUAAGAUCAAAGAGCUCAACAAAAAUAGAAAAUGCUUCAAAAAUACAGGACAGAAAAAAAUCCGAAACUUGCUGAUGAAUUUACUUCCAAACUAG